CAUUGAUGCGAUAACACCCCAUUUCUUCCUCCCUCCCAGCGAAACCUUUACCCAUCUCCCCCCCCCCCCUCCAAAGCAUAUCAAAACCAUGAAAUCCAGUCGAUCUCACAAAAUCUCUACAGCAAAACACAGCUCUCUCACCUCCGUUACCGUACUCCCCACAAACAGCGCCACAUAUCACCCUGUCAUCAGCCACUCCCACCUCUACGGCAUCACCUUAGACAGCCUAAGCCCCGCAACAGCAAUCCGACACACAUUCAUCAGACACUCGACUGUAAAAUCUAAUAAAUCAACCACAGAUCCAGGUAGUAGCAAUAUUAACGAAGGCAGCAGCCGUGGGGGCAGCGGCGGGAAUGGCAUGAGCACCAUCUCGCAGAGCCAUGUAUCCCACUGCACCAUCUCGGGCAGCAACAUCGACUGCUGCAGCAUGCGGAGGACCACCACGUCGAACGCAGAGUACGUUUCGGGUUCGCAAGUGCGCGGCUCAACAAUACUAGGCACAGGGCGCAUUUCUCAGAGCAAGCUGAAAAACGCGCAAUUCCUGUGCACGUCGGACGAUAACAGCAAUAACAACAACGACAACGGCAACCAUAAUAUUAAUAAUAUUAAUAUUAAUAAUAAUAAUAAUAGCACCAUACCAAAUCCCGUUACUAAUACUACCAAAACCGAAGUCAACAAAGGCGACAUCCGCGACUCCAUCGUCGGCCCAUUACCGUGCACGAUUAGCCGGAGCAGACUCAACAACGUAAAAAUCUCCCAGAGUACGGUUAAGGAUGCGUGUUUGAAUGAUUGCGAUAUCGACGGAUGCCGGAUUGCGAAGGCGAAGUUUUCCGGGCUGUGGUUGAGGAAUGGGAUUUGGGAGGAUGGGGAGCUGGUUGGGAAGGUGAAUGAGGGGGAGGAGGUGAUUGUCAAGGCGAGGAAUUUUGCGGAGAUUGAGGCGCGGGAGCGGGAGCAGGAGCGGGAGAGGGUUAGAGGGAUCAAGGGGUUAGGGAUAGGGGUGGGGAUAGGGGUGGGGAUAGGGGUAAUGACGGGGCCAGCCAGAGGUAUUGAGGAUCCUGUUUCUGCUUCCGUUGCUGCUGGUCGUUGUGCUCAGGGAGAUAACGCGCUGCCCGAGAUAAUAUCGGGUGAAGCUAGUGACAGUAGACGUCGUCUCCAAGACGACGAUAUGCUUGCCAACCCACCCCAAAUACCACCGCCCCAUUUCGACUCUCUUCUUCCUACAGCGGCAGCAGCAGCAGCAGCAGACGAUGAGCAACGUAGCCCAGAUCAACAAACGUCACCACCCCUUUCAAAGGAUCAACCAUAUAUCAGCACCGAAACUUACCCCAGCUCGCCGUCCACAGAGCGCUACUCAAGUGCCGCCGAAAGCUUACUCGACCCCGAUGAGGACGGCGAGUUUACGCUACAAGAUCUUCCCGAUAUUAGACGUUUAGGCAUUGACGAUGAGAAGCCUCCACCAUAUACACCAUAAGACGCCCUGCGAUUGAGGUUAAUUCUGUUUUUUGAUACAUUUUGGAUUAAACACUUCCUAUACCACCAUGUACAAACUUUUACCGUUAUUAUUAUUAUCAUUACUGUCAUUCUCCUCUCUGCGUCUUUGUAUUGCGUUUAUGACCCCCAAAAUACCCUUGUACUAUACAAUGAGCAAGGGAACAAAGAAAUGUGAAAAGGAAGGAAGAAAGCAAGAGAAAAAAGAUAAUGAAGCUUCCCCGCCCAAUUUAAUGUAAUAUUGCAUCUACUAACUCAAUUAAUUCCACUCAUUGCUUACUAAAAAUACAAAAAUUCAAUGAGUAAAGGAGUUAAACAACACCCGCCAGUGGGGUAGGUAGUAGAUGGUUGUUUAUGUAUCACAUGUACAUGUCAUUUGAAGUCAUUUGUGCACAGCACAGCACAGCACAGUACAUAAAACAUGGAGCCUUGAAUUCCACACUGGCCCAUCCACAUACCCAGCUUAUCCCCUAUGUAAGAAGGCAAAAUAAUAACAACAAUCCGAAGAUAAUAGGGGGACAAACGAAAAAGAGCGUCGUGAUAUGGCACAAUGAGGGUAAGAAACUUGGCAAGGAACAUCAUGUCAUAAAAACUGGGAUUGGGUAUGGG